UUUAAACUAUGAUAGAAUGACUGUAGCAUAGCCACUUGUGUCACUCUGUAUUCCUCUGUAUUUCUUUAAGCUCCAUGGGCCUCAUCUCAAAUGACCAAAGACGUCUCCCCUCAGCUGAAUCAGGCCACCAUCAUUGAACUCCACCCUGCUUCCACCUACAACAUCCGCAUGUUUGCCAAAAACCAGAUCGGCGAAAGCAGACCGAGCAAUGAGCUGACCAUCACCACAGAUGAAGCACCACCAGACGGCGCUCCUCAAGACGUGCAGCUGGAAGCAAUCUCAUCCCAAAGCAUCAAAGUCACAUGGAAGCCUCCCCUCAAACACUUGCAGAAUGGUUUGAUCCGAAGCUACCAAGCGUGUUAUCGAGAAUUUGGGACAGGGGGCAGCCCACAAUACAACACCAUCAAUGUAGACACCACAGGGGACAUUGAAACCCUCGCCCUGGAUAACCUGAAAAAGUACACCCAGUAUGAGGUGCGGGUGCAAGCAGCCAAUCGUGCAGGCAUGGGUCCCACUUCGGAGGAAAUCACCAUCACCACGCUAGAGGACGUGCCCAGUCGCCCACCUGAGAACGUUGUGACAACAGCUACAACCCCUGAGACUAUCUCCCUGUCCUGGUCUGCUCUGCCCAAAGAAGCGCUCAACGGCAUGCUGCUUGGAUAUCGUGUCAUCUACUGGGCCAACCUACCUGAUGGAGGUCCGGCAGGGUUAUGA